UUUACUUUACCACGGGAGGGCCAAAAGACAGUACGUUGCAGCAAAGGUACUCCACUGGAAGUCACAAUCUCUCUACCCCGAACUCCCACUCAGGCUUUUCCUCUAUUUCCCAUUUUCAGUAUACCAGUAAGUUCCGCCGGAGGCCAUGACUCCGGUUUCAUCAAAGCUUUACACAGAUGAUGUAAGCCUAUUGAUGGUUUUGAUCGAUACAAAUCCGUACCUUUGGAGCUCCAUGAAGAAUACUGCCUUCACAUUCUCUAAAUUCCUAUCUCAUGUACUUGCUUUCUUGAAUUCAAUACUUUUACUGAAUCAGAUGAACCAAGUGGUUGUGAUUGCAACUGGGUACAAUUCAUGUGACUAUGUGUUUGAUUCGUCUAGUUCCUCAAUGCAAAGGGCUGAAUGCUUGUUGGAGAAACUGGAGGAGUUUGUGGAUAAAGAUGAAACCUUGAGUCAAGAAGACUCUGUUGAUGGAGUUGGAUUUUCACUUCUUUCUGGUUCCCUUUCCAUGGCUCUCUGCUAUAUUCAACGGGUAUUUCGUACAGGGCCUCUUCAUCCACAGCCUCGGAUAUUGUGUCUGCAUGGAUCCCCAGAUGGGCCCGGACAAUAUGUUGCAGUCAUGAAUGCAAUUUUCUCAGCUCAACGUUCAAUGGUACCGAUUGAUUCAUGUGUAAUAGGAUCCCAGCAUUCUGCUUUUCUUCAGCAGGCCUCUUAUAUCACUGGCGGUGUAUAUUUGAAACCCCAAGUAUCAGAUGGACUGUUUCAAUAUCUAUCGACGGUUUUUGCGACAGAUUUGCAUUCUCGUGCCUUUUUGCAACUUCCCAGGCCUGUGGGAGUUGACUUUCGUGCAUCGUGCUUUUGCCACAAGAACACAAUUGACAUGGGCUACAUAUGCUCUGUUUGUUUAUCCAUAUUCUGCAAGCAUCACAAGAAAUGCUCAACAUGCGGAUCAAAUUUUGGAGAGGCACGAAAGCAGGAUCCCUCAGCCUCGGGUCAGAGGAGAAAGACUCCAGAUGGUAGUUGAACAGAUAAUGCUAAAGUUAUCCUUAACACCUCAUAGGUUGCUGCACAACUGUGUUUCAAGAGCUUUCUUAUGAUAAUAAGCUCUCAGACGUCGAGGCUAGGCCUUCACUGGUACUUAAUGAUUAGUCUAGACUAUGUUUCAGCAGGAGGAAGUGGAAAUUAAAGAAAGCAGUGUAGUUGGAAGGAUGUUGACUUCAAUUUUCAAAAAACGAAGGUUAGGAGAACAGGAGGAAAAGCCCAAGACAAACUUCUGUUUCUGACGAAAUAGGAAAUUUUCUUGUAACUGAACUAUUUCCUUUUCUAGACUAGAUGAAGGAAAACAGAGGGAUGAUCCUAACGAACUGGUCUAAUUUUAAUCUUUCUAGAAAAAUGUUAUUGCUGAAAUGGAAAGUUGGAAGUGGAAUUCCAAAACAAGUUAAGGCGUA